AUGGUUGUUGAGAGGAAAAGUCAUCGCCAUUUUAUGACGCACAAUGCAAUGAGGACGAUGAUGCCGACGAGUUGUUUGUAUCGUCCUCUGCAUCAUUUUUCCGGUCGUCGACAUAAAGAGCAGCCUCAAAAGCGUGAGCUUCUUUGCUGGUUCUCGUCGUCGUUUACGUCGCGUAUCGUCGACAGAAACAGAAGAAGAAAACGGGGAAAUUCCGAACGACAAACUUCGUCUGCGUCGUCUUCCUCCUCUUCUGCUUCUGUCGAUGAUACACGUGAACUCCACGUUUUGACGUUCGAUUUGGACGAUACCGUGUGGCCAACUCUGCCAGUAGUCACCGCGGCGAACGAGAGUUACAUCAAAUGGCUUCAAACUCGAGUUCAGAACUUUCCUGAGACGCGAGUGAUGAACGAGUUGAUGAAAGGCAUUCGAGAGGAAAGGGAGGAGAUGUUUCGGAUGCGAGGAGAAGAACACGUGGCGUUAUCGUACGCUUCGAUCCGAAUAGCGGCGGCGGUGAAAGCGAUGACGACUUUGUGCGACGUGUGCGAGCACGAUGCGAUUGGUAUGGCCGCGAGAGGGUACCAUUUAAGUUGGAUUCCAACAAGAAAUAGCACGGGCGGGAAGUUGUUAUUUCCCGGGGUGCGAGAGUGUUUAGAGACGGUGCGAGAGAGGUACCCGAGGUGCGUCAUCGGGAGCAUUACGAACGGAUUAGGAAGCGCGAGCGAAAGCGGAUUGAGAGAGUUUUUUGAUUUCGAAAUCAGCGCGGACGAGUUGAUCGAUAAGGAAGGCGUGAAUGGAGACGUGGCGAGGAAACCGAGUCCGUGGCCAUUUCGAAGGGCGCAGACGAUGGCGCAGACGUUUAUGCUCGAGAGCGGAAACGCGAACAGAGCUUCCGACGACGGGGUUAUUUCUUCGUUGAAAAUAGGAGACCAUAAACUAGAAAGAGCUUAUUGGGUGCACGUCGGCGACGACGUCUUGAACGAUUGUAAAGCAGCUAAAGAUCAUUUGAAUUGUCGCACGGUUUUAGUUCGAGACGUGAACGUGGUGAAAUACGUUUCUGGCGGCGGCGCGCCGUGGGCGGAACGGCCCGAAGCCGUCGAAGAAGCCGAGAAGAACAAAGCGCUGUACGUGGACGAAGAAAUCGUGAGCGUCGGAGAUUUGCCGGACAUUUUAGGGAAAUGGUUCAAUUAA